CCCAUCAAACAGUGUGUGCUCAUAAAAAAAAUUUUAAAAAUCAUGAAGUUUGUAUUAUUUUUCGUUGGAAUUAUGCUCCAUCAGCUGAUGGGUGCUGAUGCUGAUCGUAAGGAACACUUCAAAGCAUGUGCUCAAGAACUUAAGAUAACGAAAGAUAUGAUGAAGGAGGCCCGUGAAACGAAAACUUUCGACAAACCAGAGUUUAAAUGCCUUUCAGCAUGUGUAGCAAAAAGAGCCGGCAUUUUGGAACCUGGUAACAAAUACAAUAUGGAUAAAGUUAAGGACAUGGUUAACAAAAAGUUCCCUGAUAAAGCUGCAGACAUAAUCAAAGCAAAGGAAGAGUGCGUCGCUGGAGCUAAAGGAAUAGCCGACGAAUGUGAUUUUGCAAGAAGCAUUGAUUCCUGCUUCUUCAAAAAAAUUCCAGAUAUGCGCAAAAAAGAAUAAAUCUUCACUAGUUAUAAUUUUUUAGAUUUUUAAAAACAAGAAAACAUAAAUCACACAAUAUUAAAUUAAUUCAAAAUAUAAGCCUAUUGCUCUACACAUGUAUAUUGUAUAAUAUUUAAAAAUAAAGAAAUUAUGAUUCUUCUUCACAA